AUGUCGUUCGGAAAGAUCCUCUCUCUUAACACGGGCGCAACGAUCCCUCAGAUCGGGUUGGGGACGUGGCUCAGCAAGCCUAAUGAAGUCGAGAACGCCGUCGAAAUUGCCGUGCGCAACGGCUACCGCCACCUUGACCUUGCGCGGGUUUACGAGAACCAGGAUGAGGUCGGACGGGCCCUGAAGAAGGUUAUCCCGAGCGUUGUCAAGCGGGAGGACCUCUUCAUCACCUCCAAGCUUUGGAACAACGCCCAUCAGCCGAAGGAGGUUGAGAAAGCGCUCGAUGAGACCCUUGCCCAGAUCGGCACCGACUACCUUGACCUCUAUCUGAUCCACUGGCCUGUCGCCUUCCCGCCCGGCCAGGGCCUGUUCCCCAAGCACCCGAGCAAGGAAGGCGAGGUCGCGCUCGACCUCGACACCUCGCUCGUCGACACCUGGAAGGCGAUGAUCGAGCUGCCGAAGACGGGCAAGGUCCGCGCGGUCGGCGUGUCGAACUUUACCGUCGAGCAGCUCAAGGGCAUCAUCGCGGCGACGGGCGUCAAGCCCGCCGCGAACCAGAUCGAGGCGCACCCGCUACUCCCGCAGGACGACCUCGUCGCGUACUGCAAGCAGGAGGGCAUCCACCUCACGGCGUAUUCGCCGCUGGGCAACAACCUGGUCGGCAAGCCGAAGCUGACGGACUACCCCGCCGUGCAGGCGAUCGCGAAGAAGGUCGGCGCGACGCCCGCGCAGGUGCUCGUGGCAUGGGGCGUGUACCGCGGCUACUCGGUCAUCCCCAAGUCCGUCCAGGAGGAGCGCAUUAUCUCGAACUUCAAGCAGAUCGAGCUCAGCAAGGAGGACUACGAGGAGAUCACGAAGCUCGGGCAGACGCAGCACACCCGGUACGUCUUCAACAUCCCGUGCAACUACUCCCCGCGCUGGGAUAUCAACAUCUUCAACGAGCCUGAGGAGGAGAAGGCGUCGAACAAGGUUAAGAUACAGUAG